GAAGUAAUUCCGCUUCUGAUGUUAUCAAUUACCGAGCAGAAUGAUGCCAUCUUCGCUUCCCCACUGACGGUUGACCUUGCUCUUGACGAUGGUGGAAGCAACUAUGGACUUUGUGGCACGUCGAUCAAGAUAUCGAGAUGAGUUGUCUCUUGUAGUCCUUUGUGCAUCACCUUGAAACAUAUUUGAUACAGAAUCUUUGAGAUGUCGGACCCUUUUCUUUAUACUUACCCUUCUCCUCUGGAAGGUUAUGAAAAUCUUGCGCCUUUACCGGAUGACUUAAGUGAAGAUGGCAAAUCCUUCAAGAAUCCUGAGACGGGCGUCCUGAGUGAAAGCUACUCGAAAUUCACGUCAGGUGUGACGAACGGUCGUCGGGGUGGUUUUGAUAUUCACAUCUACUAUCACUACAGCAGUGAAUAUCAACGGAACUUUGCGAAAGCGCUUUGGGAAAGGAUUCGAAGGGAGUUCCCGGAGUUGAGGAUAUACAGAUUUUGGGAUCACCCUGUUGGACCACAUACACUGGCGAUGUUUGAGGUCAAUGUCUUCACACCUGCACAAUUUGGAGCCUUCAUACCGUGGCUGGUAAUCAAUCGCGGUCCUUUGUCUGCUCUUGUCCAUCCAAAUACGGAUGAUGGCGAUGAGCUAAGAGCCCAUAGUCAAAGGGCGACUUGGCUGGGAGAACGUGUACCUCUAGAUUUGAAGAUGCUGAAAGAGUUCAUGGACAAAAAGCAUGAACAAGACAAUGGCACGAAAGAAUAACGAUGUCGUUGAAGCAGUCGUGAGUCAAUCUCACUCGCCUCACUUU